AUGACGCAUGAUAAGGAAAAGCAGACCGAGAACGCCCAGAUCAUCAGAGAAGUGGAGGUGGACAAGGUGUCGGCGCUGUCCAGGCACCAGGUGGAGGCCAUCAAGCAGCUGUGGCAGGACCCGGGGAUCCAGGCGUGCUACGACAGGAGGAGGGAGUACCAGCUGUCGGACUCCGCCAAGUAUUACCUGACGGACAUUGACCGGAUUGCCAUGCCGUCCUUCGUGCCAACGCAGCAGGACGUGCUUCGUGUCCGCGUGCCCACCACUGGCAUCAUCGAGUACCCGUUUGACUUGGAAAACAUCAUCUUUCGGAUGGUGGAUGUUGGUGGCCAGCGAUCUGAAAGACGGAAGUGGAUUCACUGCUUUGAGAGUGUCACCUCCAUUAUUUUCUUGGUUGCUCUGAGCGAAUAUGACCAGGUCCUGGCAGAGUGUGACAAUGAGGUAUGCUGGGUGGGGAGUUUAGGUAGCUGUGAAAGACAGAGACCUAUUUCUGCACUUUCCAGGAAGCCGUACAGGUCAGGCAACAGACCCUCUUCUUUAGGACCAAAGCAGGAUGUCAAAGCUGCCAGAGACUUCAUCCUGAAACUUUAUCAAGAUCAGAAUCCUGACAAAGAGAAAGUCAUCUAUUCUCACUUCACAUGUGCCACAGACACAGAGAACAUCCGCUUCGUAUUCGCUGCUGUCAAGGACACAAUUCUACAACUAAACCUAAGGGAAUUCAACCUAGUUUAAAAGCUGCUGCCCACUUCUCCCCCAUAACAGAAGACAUGAUUUGCAAGCUCCUCUUGUUUUAUUUGCAAGUGCUUCUGACAUCACCUGAGCCAGCCCCCUGGGCCUGGCACCAAAGACAUCAGGAAGACCAUGGGGACAGAGAUAGACAAUGGAACCUGGAAGAUAUCUGAGUUUACCAAAGCAUUUUAAAAGUCUGUUUUCUCAAAUUGUUUUAUAAUUCUUUUCUUGACUUUUGGCUAUAAGAUUUUAUGUA